AAAAAAAGCGUUGGUUUGGCUUGGGUUUUGCAACUGACAUUUUUUUAUAAAUAAUUGUCGCGCUAACACAUUGUGGAUGUUAAGAUUAAGUUUCUCUUACAGUUAAAACUUUGACAAUUGUUGAUUAUUCUUAUAUUAAUAUACAAGAAAAAUGUCUAGCACAUCUCAAAAACAUAGAAACUUUGUAGCAGAGCCUAUGGGAGAAAAACCCGUAACCGAUUUGGCUGGAGUUGGAGAAGUGUUAGGGAAACGACUAGAAACUGCUGGAUUCGAUAAGGCCUAUGUAGUUUUAGGACAGUUUCUGGUUCUUAAAAAAGACCGUGAAUUAUUUCAAGAAUGGAUGAAAGAAACUUGCAAUGCCAACUCAAAACAAUCUACAGACUGUUAUCAGUGUUUGAAAGACUGGUGUGAUGAAUUCUUGUAAGUAAUCGUUGGUAAAUAAAUUAAAAGGACAUGUUCUAGUGUGACCACAUUUUAUACAUUUUAUAACUAAACACUGUUUCUCGUUUCUAUUUUAUUGAUUGAAUAUGUAAAUGAUGAUAGACUGUAUUGUCUAGAACAAUUGAUAGUAAAAUUUUCAUGUAUUUACUUUGUUUAACAUUACUUGUAUGUUAUGUUAGUUAAUAUUAAUUAAAAUGGGUCAUAUUAGCAUCAACAUCAUAUAAUAUGUAAACUGUUUAAAAUUGUUUUUGACUGGAUAUAAUGUCCAUCUUUUAAAAAUUAUAUUAAACAAAACAUUGAUGGCUGGCAUCACUUUAUAUGCCACCUGCACACAAAAUAUUUUUUACCAGCCACUAAUAUAAAUGUUACUAAUGCUCUUCAUGCAAAGAAAUAUGAUGUUGUUGAUUUUCACUUGCAAAUUGAAAUUUAUAUGCACAAAAGCAAAAA